AGCAAAGCAAGGAGGCAGCACAAACGGGACAAAGGGGUGCCCACAGAUUCAAAGACUCGUUCGCGAAUCAUUUCACUUACCCACCAUCACUUGCUGCGGCGCGAGCAUCGAGAUUACAUUACUAGGCGCUCUCUUUUUUUAGUCCACUCUCCAGAGGAGCACAAUGGACAUUGCUGCGCUCGAAACGUAUGUGCGUGACCUCGAUGUCAGCAAUUGUAGUAAGCCCGAGCUGCGCCGACUCUUGGCGGCGGCAUCCUCGAUCGCGGCGCGGGGUCGCGCGGAGAUCGAGGCACGACCCUGCACGUUUCCUGCGCGACUGGCGCCGCUCGUCACGCAAUGGCUGCCGCUCAGCGAUGUUGGUGCCGCGUUGAGCUGUUCGGGUCAGUGGCGCGACACCUCGGAGUGGGCGUUCCAGCUGGUCGCGGCGCGGAUCGGCCUCGCACAUGAACGAGGGGUUUCGUGGAGAGAAAACGUGAAGCACAGGCUCCGCUGGAUUGGGGAGGCCCGCGAACCCGGGUCCGUGGAGGUGGAGCUCGCUCGGGCUCUGUCUUGGACUACUGGCGGCGCGUUAACAUGUACUGCCCCGGGGUAUGGCUCGGGUGACACAUACUUUGUCGGCAGCGGCUUCCGGAUGCCCGAGCAGGGCGCGCGCACUGUCGAGUGGCGCGUGCACAUGACACGGGAUGCUACUACGAACCCUAUUGACGCCUGCGGAUUUGCGCUCCUGGACUCUACGAGAAGUCAAAUACUCCUAUCCUACCACUGGAAUAGCGAUGGCCAAUUGUAUGAAGGAGAUCAAUACCAGACCCCAUGGAUGCGCGAACGUCGGGUUCAUGAUGCUGAUGACGAGGAUAACCCCGAUAUUUUUGGCACCGAUGCUACGCUACAGAUCACCGUGGAUCCCACAUGGCACCAAAACCGACGGGGAGGCUCCGACCAAGUGGUUAACACCUUGGUGAUCUUCGGAUAUUUGUACCUGGUCGAGUCGGAUGGCUCGCUUACAGGACUUUCCGCGUUUAAUUAUAACGUGGAGCGAUACUAUUACUCAAAUCAACUCGAUGAUUUCUUUCGGCGCUGUGGAGUGCACAACCAGUGGGACGGUGAGAAUGUCUGCGACCUCUGCGUCGUACCGUUUGUCCGCCUCUUUGAGGAUUCGACCGCGACGCUCUCGCGAGUGCCAGCUGGGCCGGAGGCAGCGGGAUCGAACGAGUCUAGAAGGGUGUCCGUAAUAAGACAUUGGUGACG